CACUGUAUCGCCUCUCACAAUUACUGUUCUCUUGUGCCGACGCGAACUAGUCCAUCAGCUCCCAUCCUCCCCGAGCACGCCAGGCGGAGAUCCCUAGGCCGGCUAAGAUGGCAGCGGCGCUGGCCCUCUCGGUGGCUGCGGCGGCGCUCGCCGUCGCGUCGCUCCGCGCGGAGGCGGUGUGGCUGGACGUGCCGCAGUCGGGGACCAAGUGCGUGUCGGAGGAGAUCCAGUCCAACGUGGUGGUGCUCGCCGACUACUCCCUCAUGUACGAGUCCCACCCCUAUUCCCACCCCACCAUCGCCGUCAAGGUUACUUCACCAUAUGGGAACACCUUACAUCAUAAUGAGAAUGCUACACUUGGUCAAUUUGCAUUCACAACAACAGAAACUGGAAACUACCUUGCAUGCUUCUGGAUAGAUAGCACAGAGAAAGGAUCAGGGAUAUCUGUAAAUCUUGAUUGGAAGAUCGGGAUUGCAACAAAGGACUGGGAUGCUAUUGCUAAAAAGGAAAAAAUUGAGGGUGUAGAGUUAGAGCUUCAGAAACUUGAAGUGGCAGUGGAGGCCAUUCAUCAGAACUUGAUAUACCUCAAAGCAAGGGAAGCAGAGAUGCGAACUGUGAGCGAGAAAACAAACGCUAGAGUUGCCUGGUUCAGUAUUUUGUCGCUAGGCGUCUGCAUUGCGGUAUCAGUUUUGCAGUUGUGGCACCUUCAAGGGUAUUUCAGGAAGAAGAAGCUCAUUUAAAUCAAUUCAUUUGAUGUCGCACUGUGGCUCGAAUCUUGUUCACCUUGGGAAAGGAUAUUGUCCUCUUUAGUUUGAACAUUUAAUACUAGUGAGAGCAACUUGUAUUGUAUGUAGUGCAAGUUAACUACGAUUCAGUCCAGCUGUGUUGUGCAUUAUGGUCGCAGACAUGAUACACUUGAAAUCUCUAUUUGCGCAAAAUUUUGCAAAUCUUUGAGCUUCGGCCCAUAUAUUUACAAGAUAUUCCUUCACAUCAUA